AGUGAAACACAUUUCACUAAAGUAAGUAAAAUUGGUACACAAAACGCCACCCAAGCACUGCAAAAUCGAGUGAAAAUGAACGGAAAAUGAGGUAGCAAGCACCGCCGCACGAAAACCCAUCGAGUCAGUGCACCGUUCUGUUGAAUUGUGGCGGAAAAUAGGCAAACCGACGCGGCAAGCGUGUGCGGUGUUGUUGCCGCGGGGAUUGUGUUUGUGUGUCGCGCGUGUGGUGUCGUCGGCAGUCGCGUGUACCAAUCCCGUUUUCUCACUCGAUUGUUGCCCGCCAAAAUGGGUAAGAUUAUGAAAAGUGGAAAGGUGGUACUCGUCCUCGGUGGACGGUACGCCGGUCGCAAAGCCAUCAUCAUGAAGACGUUCGAUGACGGUACGUCGGACAAGCAGUUCGGCCAGGCCCUGGUUGCCGGUAUCGACCGCUACCCACGCCGCGUGACGCGAACGAUGAGCAAGGACCGCAUCCACAAGCGUUGCAAGAUCAAGCCUUUCAUCAAGAUGCUGAACUACAACCAUCUGAUGCCGACGCGUUACAGCGUACCGGACGUCAGCCUGGACAGCAAAUACAGCGCGGCCGACAUGAAGGAUCCGGCCAAGCGGAAGAAGGCACGCAACCAGAUCCGUUGCAAGUUCGAGGAGCGACACAAGACCGGCAAGAACAAGUGGUUCUUCCAGAAGCUCCGUUUCUAAGCCUGCUACUCUUAACAAGACUAUCCGCGCGACAUACAACCGCUCUCGGGAGGAUGAGGUGCAGCUGGCGGCACACCGGGGUGGGCGGUUAUGAUAAGAAGUAGGGUGGUACGAAUUUAUACAUUCGAUCUGCGCGCGGUUUGUGAUUUCCGGCCGCCGACUGUUGUGCUGUGUGCGUGCGUGCAUUCCGUAUGUGCGUGUCCAUGUGGUGUGGCGUGUGUGUACUGUACGGCGGGGGUCGGGAGAAGUUCCGAGAUGUGCGAAGAGUUUGUGUAUUGUUGUGUUGCUACAACCCUGUGGUGGACGGAACAUCGAGGAGUUCGCCGCGGAUCCAUAUCCGUACGGGAUACGUGCAUCAACAUCAUCAGAGUGGCAGAUGGAAGAAAAGGGGACUGGACUGGCAACAACAACUUUUCCACCGGUUCCCGUUUGCUCCCUCCCGUCGGUCGGAGAGAUCAGCUUUUGUGCUUAGAUUCAAAAUAAAUUCGUGUUAACUACUUGGAAAAAGGAA